UGAUAUAUACCUGGGAACGCCUUUCUCCUGAGAUGGAAUCCAUCAAUGAGAAAGCCACUCCAUCAGAAGGCAGAUACCAAGCCCUGCCACUCCAAGUUCCCGUGGAGCUGAGAAAAGGCUGGAGAAAGAAGCAACGCCAUCUCUUCUUGUUCAAUGAUGUUUUGAUCGUGUCUAACAAUGUGCAUAAGAAGAAGUUUAAGGUAAAAUACGUCAUCCCACUGAGUUACCUGUGGAUAGGUGACUAUGUGGACUUAGCGGGGACAGACAGCACUGCUGGCAGCAAGUCCAUUGUCCUGUUCUGGCCCAUGAAAAAUUUUGUGGCCACCUUUCGUUCCCGUGAGCAGAAAGAACAGUGGCACUUUUACAUCCAAAGAUACAUUAAUGAAGCCAAGGAGAUUGCUGAGAGAAAGAAUAUUGCACUGCAGAUAAACACCAAGGACAUCCCAUACUCAACCAGUGCAUGUGCAUAAACAUAUGCUGCUGUCUUUACCUGAUCCAGAGGAAGAUCCCCACUUGUCCCCAACAGGGUAAAUAAAAUUUCCUUUGUG